UUAACUUAACAAACUAUUAAAACAAGCAAGGCGCCUAAGAGCCAAACAAGGGGAGGCAUCAGGAGCAUGCCCAACGGAACUCCUUCAACACACUCUUCUCCGAUAACCACCACCACCGAACCCUAACCCUACCCUACCCCACCCCCACCGUAUACCACCAAUCAAACACACACACACACACACAAUCAACAACAAAUCAGCCACUUCUCACGGCAUGCGAUCCACCGCGGUCACGUGGCGGUGGAGAUUAUUAUUCAAUGCGGCCGGUGAAUCGGUUGCGAGAUGUCCUCGCUAGCGGUUGAUUCGAAAUUGCAAAUGAGUUGGCAGAAUAAUAAUUUGUUGUUGAAGAAACGGAAGAAUGGUCUUCCCUUAGGGUUUAAAAAUCUCGGUAAUACUUGUUAUCUUAACGCUGUGCUUCAGUGCUUGACCUACACUCCUCCGCUUGCGAAUUUCUGUCUCCAGCUUCAGCACUCUGCCUUCUGUGAAUCACUAGCGCAGCAAGACAAGAGUGAUUGUCCGUUUUGUCUACUAGAGGAGAGAAUUUUUCGUUCUCUUAGCAGCAACUUAACCCUAGAUACACCUGGCAAGAUCAUUGGUGGCUUGAAAGUAUUUGCGGAGCAUUUUCGUCUAGGAAGGCAAGAGGAUGCUCAUGAAUUUCUUCGGUAUGUCAUUGACGCCUGUCAUACCACUUGUCUUCGCUUGAAGAAAUUGCAGCAACAAAGACGAAAGGUUACCAGUAAUGGAGGCGGUGAUGGCUUCAGUGGCAGUUCGGUAGUUAAGGAGAUAUUUGGAGGAGCUUUGCAGAGCCAGGUGAAGUGUCUUGCUUGUGGCAAUGAAUCCAAUAAGGUUGACGAGAUAAUGGAUAUUAGUAUCGAUGUAUUAAAUAGCAAUUCUCUUAAAGAUGCUUUUGAGAAUUUUUUUCGACCAGAGUAUUUAGAUGGGAACAACAAGUACAAGUGUGAAAGUUGUAAAAAGUUGGUUCCAGCAAGAAAGCAAAUGUCUAUUCUUCAGGCACCUAACAUUCUUGUAAUUCAACUAAAGAGGUUUGAGGGAAUAUAUGGCGGAAAGAUAGACAAAGCGAUUACUUUUGAGGAACGACUAGUUCUUUCAAGCUUCAUGUGCAAAAGGAGCCAGGAUCCCCAUCCAGAGUAUAAACUUUUCGCUACCAUCAUACAUUCUGGCUAUUCACCUGAUUCAGGACACUAUUAUGCUUACAUCAAGGAUGCUAUUGGCCGUUGGUAUUGCUGCAAUGAUUCUUAUGUAUCCGUUUCAACCUUGGAAGAAGUUUUAUCUGAGAAAGUCUAUAUUCUUUUCUUCUGCCGUACCAAACAAAGGCCUCUUCUACCUAACAAAAAUUUAACCACCAACGGAACAAAAUCAUAUGAUUGCAACGGCAACGAUAGCUCAAAAGUUCCAAAAUCUAGUCAUCUAAUGUCUACAGACUCACAACAACCGAAGGUCGAUCCUGCAGCUUCAACUAAAGUUGAAAAAUUGCUUAACGGUUCUCAAAAGAAGCCAGGUUGUCUUGGAACCAACGGUGUCAAAAAGUUCCCAGAAUUCAUUACUCAUAAUAAAGAAAACAAUGAUAAUAAUGGUGAUGCAAAAGCCUCAUGCAAGAAGACGAGUGAUAAGAAGAUUCCAUUGUUGGAGGACAAGAACGGAGUUAGCCAAAAUAAACAUGUCGCAAACGGAAAUGAGUUUGUUGCGAAUGGGUAUAAGAACAAUGCUACUACAAACGGAACAGAAACUGGUAAAUUGCAUAAUGGUAUCGUUAAAAACCUUUCUAAUGAGUCGGACUUACAGAGGAAACAUAAAGAACAGAAGUCUUGUGAUCAUAAAUCACUAGCAAAACAUGACGAACUGAAAGAAAGUCUCAGGAAAGAAGCUUCUUCCUUCCUGCGAAACUGUGGUUUUUCAGAUGAUGUUGCGAGUUUCAUGCGAGCCAAGAAGCUGAGCAUUCGAGAUGAAGGCAAUGAUGCAUUACAGAGGAAUGAACUUAAGAGGAAAAUGAUAGCUGAUGCCAAGGCUAAAUUUAUUUCUCAAGUUCCUCAAUCGCUGAAAUCCGAUCUCGUCAAACGGAUCAGAUCUCAUAUUGAUCCAUGAAAUAGGCGCUGCAUGUCUCCCAACUUGUAGGAGGUCGAGAUGGGAUGCCACGUCAGCAUCUGUAUGUAUUUUAGCGAGGCGUAUAGGCGUGGAAACAUGAAGAUGGUUUCUCCAAUGCUAAAUUUUGUUUGUUUUUAGUUUGUAUGGAGGAUCUUUAUUAUUGUUAGACUGAUUUUGGUAAGUUCCGUUGAGUGAGGCUGGUGUUGUCAGUGAGGUUAUAAGAGAACGGGAUGAGAUACAUAUAUUCUUUCUGUAAAAUAUAGCCUUUUUUUUGUCACAUUUUGUGUAAUUUACCGUCAAAACUUUCAGUUUUACUAUGAUUUAAUCUAAUUGUUUUGA